AUGAACUACGAACUGGAACUUAGUUAUUCAUACUUAAUCAAUCGUUUCGCGUGUAUUUGUACGUACAAAAUUUGGAUCAGCGUUAUUAUCAUCAGAAUCAGUGGCGCCGAACUUCUAAAAUUAUACUCAGGUAAUUCACAUUUGAAUGUUUACGUUCCGUUCAUACACGUACUGAUCCAACAGAGUCUGUUCGGCAUUCCUCGCGAGGUCAGAAUAUUGCAGAGUACAAACCAUAGAUCAGGGGCGGCUCCAGAGGCAGACCCUAGGGACCGCGGCCUCCUCCCAAGACCGUGCCAUAUGAUAACAUAA